GUUAUCAUGGGGUACAAGACUCUGUGCUUUGCCUUUUCUUGUAUUUUCUUUGCUUAUUGUGUUUAUUUACCUUUUCCAGAAAAUGUUGAAGAACCCUGGAAAGUGAGAAUCCUCGAUUCAUUGAUAAGAAUGACUUCACUUGUGGCCACAUUAUUUGAGUACAUUGGACUCAUGAAAUAUGAAGACAUAUUUUUAACUUUAUCAUCACUUCACCUUACAAAACCAGUUUCAGAUGAAAACAUUACAGUGAUUGACACAAAGUUUAGUGAUAUUCCUGUUUGUCUGUACUUACCAAAAAAGAAGCCCAAAAUACAGAAGCCAGCUAUAAUUUUCAUUCAUGGUGGUGCCUUUGUCUUGGGAAGUUGCAAGGCAGCAGCCUACGAUGACCUGAACAGAUGGACAGCAAACAAGCUUGAUGCUGUGGUUGUGGGAAUAGAUUACAGACUUGCUCCUCAGUAUCCAUUCCCAGCUGCAUUUGAAGACUGUGUUUCUGUGAUCAAGUUCUUUCUCCAAGAAAAGGUUCUUACAAAAUACAGAGUGGAUCCCACUCGAAUCUGCAUUAUGGGAGACAGUUCUGGGGGUACGUUGACAGCAACGGUGACUCAACUGCUACAGAAUGAUCCAAAAUUCAAAGAUAGAAUUAAGGCACAAGCCUUGAUAUACCCUGGCCUACAGUCGCUUGAUACUUCUCUACCAUCUCAUCGAGAGUACGCACAUGGUCCGAUUCUGUCUAGGGAGAUGACAAUUAAAUUGGCAUGCCUAUAUGUAACUGAAGACAAAGCUCUCCCCCAAGCUGCACUGAGAAAUGAGCACAUGCCAGAAGAGUCAAGACAUCUGUUCAAGUUUGUUAACUGGAGUGACUUCCUUCCUGAGAAGUAUAAGAAGAACCAUGUUUACACUGAACCAGUUCUUGGAAAACUGAAUGCUUCCUAUCCAGCACUCGUGGAUAGCAGGUUGUCCCCUUUGAUAGCCAGUGACUCCCAGUUACAGAGUUUGCCACUGACCUACAUCCUCACUUGUGAACAUGAUCCCUUAAGAGACGAUGGAUUUAUUUAUAUCACACGGCUUAGAAAUGUUGGAGUUCAAGUUACUCAUGACCACAUAGAGGAAGGAAUCCAUGGGGCCCUGUCAUUCACCAGAGGUCCAGUGUUUUUAGAUUUGGGAUUAAAAGUAAGAGAUAAGUAUAUUACUUGGUUAGAGGAAAAUCUAUAAAUCAUUUGUACAUGUAUCUAAGUAGUCAGGAAAGCAUCUAAUACUUAUAUUUUGUACUAUUGUGUUAUAAAUGUGCACAAACUAAACUGAUUUGUGGAUAAAGCUACAUUUCAAUUUGAAUAAAAAUUACUGUAUGUGUUUGAGAAUGUUAUUUCACCUUCUCAAUUUUAGAAAUAUUGCCAAAAUGAAGAUCCACUUUAUUAUCCCCAUUAAUUACCAUUUGUGGUUUAAGAUGUACUUUGAGUAUUCAAAGAUGGCAGAACAAAGAAAACUGUGAGAUUGGUUACAUUUAAACAUUUUUAGAUUCAAGGCAGUGAUAAACUUAAAAAUUCAGAAUAUAUAGUAUGAAAAAAAUUAUUUUCAUAAAAAGAAUGGAAUGAUGAGGACUGGAUGGGUUGGCACAUUACUUUCCAACACUCUAGAGGUGGAGAGGCAGGUAGACAGAUCUGAGUUCAAGUCCAGGCUGGUUUAUCUAGCUAUUUCCAGGCCAGCCAUUGCCAUAUAUUGACACACUGUCUCAAAAAGAAAAGAAAAAGAAAAGUUAAAAAAAGAAGCCACAAAUGAACAGAAAGUGUGAUAAAGUAGAAUUGUAAUGACCUUUUUAUGGACUGAGCACUAAACUGUACUUCUGCUAUGUUUUUCCAGUCAUGUGCUGUCCAUACUUUAAUGUAGUCUACUCAAGAUAAAUGAACUUAGUUGUUCAUUUCACUCACUUUCCAUGAAAUUUAUAUACUUCUUUUUAUAAAAACAAUUUGUGUACUGGAGGAAAAGGGUAAUUUGACUGUAAAUUGUUCCUAAAGCUUAAAUAUUUAUCCGCACUUAAAAUUUUAUAAGAUUAAACUUGAGGGGAAUCUUUCUGGAUUUAAUUUAUUGCUAGACAACAUGUUUUAAUGAAUGACGGUACCCAGCCAACUAUAAAUUGCAGGUAGAAUUAUUUCUAGUGUUCUUUUGAUUUUUCUACUGAAGCAUUUUGCACACAAAGACUUGCAUAUCCAGGGAGUUUUGUGAGCUGAUGACCUCCAGACAUGUUUGUUUCCCUGUGAUGAUGGGACCCACACUCCUAUCAGCACGAAUCAACUCACAAAUAUCGGCAUUUCCACUAAGAAAUGUUACAAUCAAUGUUUAUUUUUCUGACA